AAUUUCAGUAGCUUGUGUGACAAAAUAAACAUAACAAGUAGAUAUCGUCGUAGUAUCAGGGCGUUAAAUUGUUUGUUUUGCAUUGAAAAAAAGUUUAGUUUUUUUCUUUUAGACAAGAUGUCUAGUUGGAUAGAAUACACUGAGCCAAUAUGGCGCAAUUUAAAUAUGAGACAAUUAAAAGUGGACGAGGCCUAUUUUUCAAUCAAUUCAACAUUAAAUGCCGGCAAGGCAUUCCUUUACACUCUUUCUGAUGAAUGUUAUGAAUGUCCGUAUGCAAAAGUGAAAGUUAUUUCUUCAAAUCCAAAUCAUACAAAUGAAGUAUUGAAGCUAAACGUGGCUCACCCACUGAGCUUUAAAAUAUUCGAAAAAGAUGUAGGAAGAUAUGCUCCAGAUAACGUGUCAGCCCUGUGUACGUUACAAGAACGAAUUCUGAAUGAAUUUGGUGUUUACAACUUUUCGAUUCACUCGAAUGGUUCCUGUGAGAUAAUAACCGACAAGGCGGGUGUGAACAUAAAUUUGUCUUUAUUAUCUGUUGUUUUGUUGAGCAUUAUAUUGUUUAUUAUAUUCAAAUUGACAAUCUUUGCUACGAAAAGAUUUCAGUCAAACUCUGAUGGGCAAAUUAAUGCAGAAGAAGAAGCCAGCAAUGACAAAACGGUUCAGAAAAAGAGAAUGAGAAGUUUGGACGCAUUUAGAGGUUUGGUGAUGGUUCUGAUGAUUUUCGUCAAUAGCGGAGGAGGUGGUUAUUGGUGGAUAGAACAUGCACCAUGGAAUGGCUUACAUCUGGCUGAUAUUGUCUUUCCAUGUUUUUUGUGGAUAAUGGGUGUGUGUAUUCCUUUCUCAAUAAAAUCUCAACUUUCUAGAGGCUCAACUAAAUUAUCAAUAUGCAAAAAAAUAUUUUGGAGAUCCGUAAAAAUGUUUCUUAUUGGUGUAUGCCUUAAUUCCAUAAACGGUCCUCAACUGGAAGAUUUAAGAAUUAUGGGUGUUUUACAAAGAUUCGGUAUAUCAUUUCUUGUAGUCGGAGUUCUUCAUACAAUAUUCUCUAAAACAGAAUAUGUGAUGCCUCAAUCUGGAUGCAGAAGAUCGAUAUUUGACCUUAUAUUGCUGAAAGAGCAACUGAUUUGUAUGGUUUCGUUGAUUGUUAUUAGCUUAGGAAUAACAUUUGGACUAUGUGCUCCAGGUUGUCCAAGAGGUUACGUUGGACCCGGAGGCAAGUAUAUGAAUGCUGAAAAUCCAAAUUGUAUUGGUGGAAUAGUUGGAUUUAUUGAUCUUAAAAUUCUUGGAGAAACUCAUAUAUAUCAGCAUCCAACAGCAAAAUAUUUGUAUGAUUCUAAGGCAUUCGACCCCGAAGGCUUGUUUGGUUGUCUUCUAACUAUUGUUCAAGUAUACUUUGGUGUCAUCUGCGGUACAAUUUUAACAACACAUAUCGAAUGGACUGCAAGAGUAAAGCGCUGGAUGUCGUGGAGUGUUGUUUUAGGAAUUUUAGGAGGAAUUUUGUGCUUAUUUUCAAUAGAAGUUGGUUGGAUCCCUAUCAACAAGAACUUAUGGUCUCUUUCCUUUGUUUUUGUUACUUCAUCUCUUGCAUUUUUCCUGUUAACAAUUAUGUACUACAUAAUCGAUGUUCGAGAAAGUUGGACGGGUUACCCAUUUGCCGAAUGUGGAUUGAAUGCAAUUAUUUUGUAUGUUGGUCAUACGGUGUUUCACAAAAUGCUACCAUGGCACUGGACAAUAGGUCCCAUGAACACUCACUUCAUGUUGCUAUUGAAAUGCCUAUGGAAUACAACACUUUGGAUUGGAAUAGCACUUUACCUAAAUGGAAUCAAAUAUUAUUACACUCUCUGAACAAAAAAUUAAAAAUUGUUAAAAAAAACUUUACUAUUAUUCUUUGUAUAUAAAAUAAGUUUAUUUUAUUUUUUAAUUAAAUAUGUUUCAUGUAUAAUUAAAUAUGC